CCUGGCGCCUGGAUGGACCUGGCUGCUGGGAAACCAAAACCAGCGAAGGAAGCUAAUAAGCAGUAAGCGUAAAAUUAUCAAGUUCGAAUUACCUUCGAAUUCGAGAAGAAGCUAUAAAACUAGCACAUUAUGGUCAGCCUAGGUCCAAGCAGAGCUUAUGGACAAACUUCUCAUUCUCAUUUUGCUUUCCUACCCACAAGUGAUAUUGAAUCAGUUCAUACAGCAGAUGAUGAUUUGUUGACUGAGAGUAAUUUCUUGUCACCAGUUGUUAAUAGACAUCAUACUGUUUGCUUGUAUCUUCCGUGGAUUGCCUGCUUUGAGGCUCUGCUUCUGGUGGCAUACGAAGUCAUGAUUUUUGUAUUUUCUGAUGUAAUAAUGGUUACAUAUCUUGGAGGAAUAAAUCCACCUCUUUCUUUUCUUACACUGUUGCAUGUCCUGCUGUGGGUUCUUGUGAUGAUUGUCCAUAUUUUAUUGGAUCUUCAGCAUCAUCAGUUAAAGCUUCAUGGCUAUCUCAACUUCUGUCAUUCAACACAAAUUCUGAGAAAUAUUGAACCUGUAGUGUUGUCAUGUGGAAAUGCAAUUUUAUUGGUAUUUUUUUGCACUAUGGAACAUGCAUGGGCAGAAUCAAGUUUUCAUCAUUAUCAUGUUCCACAAAUUCUUUAUUCUGUCGAGUUUCUAAUUAUGUUCCCUGCGAUCAUUUUCUAUAUUGUUAAGGUUAUGAAAUUCAAGAGAAAAUACAGUUUGCCAGAUUGUUAUGCAGCUGCUCGUGAAAAUUUUGUUGGUAUGGACGUGGAUGGAGAAAUUGGUUACAAUGAUAGUGCCUGGCCCAACGGCAUAUUGGAAAAACAAGCUGAUAUGAUUCGCUAUUUGCAACAGCAUAACGAAUUCUUAUCAAGGCGACUUCUCGAGCAAACACAAGUGUAGAUGCAUUUUGUUAAAAGGUUAGCCUUUUAAUGGAUGGUAAGGUUAUCCUUUUGUUGGAUUGGAUGGUUAACCUUGGAUUGUGCUUACCCAUAAAUACAGUCAUUCAUCUGAGAUAAAGGACAGUCUUAUGGAAAAAGCUACCUCCGUUUAAUUGCCGUCGCCAUAAAUAUUGAGCGAAUCGACGUAGUAGGUAAAUGUUAUCGAAAUUACAUGGCAAAAGACACGAAGGAAAACACUGCUUAAUUUUGUAUAUCUACUUCAUUUACAGUUGCUAGCACGGGAAUUAAGUCAUUUUAGAAGGAAUUGUCAAUGUUGAAACGUCUUGUAUCAUUUUUUUAUUCUAAACUUUAUCUGGCAGUAAAGCAAUGAGUUGUGCAUGAAAUUAAACAGAUAUAAUUUACACAUAUAUUGGUUGUUUAUAAUUGAAAACUAAUAAAUAUAUAGCAAUAAUAUACACAAUGAA